AUGGCUGAACUAGCGGCCAGCCUGGUGGUUGGGACGCUGGUGUCCCUGCUGAAGGACAAGGUGUCCAGCUCUCUCCUAGACCAGUACAACGUGAUGGAGGGCAUGGAGAAGCAGCGCAAGAUCCUCGAGCGCAAGCUGCCUGCCAUCCUCGACAUACUGGCACUGCUCCCCGUCGAACCUGGUGGCGCGUGCCACAGCUCUCCGCUGCAGGGGCGGGAGCCGGGACCAGGGCCGCGGAGGCGGGUGCCGGGGGGUGCGGGGUCGCGGAAGGCGGGCGCCGGGGCCGGGGUCGUGGUCGUGGGGGCGGGCACCAAGGGUGGCCUCGCAGAGGCACGGGAACUCCGCGACAUGGGCAGGCACCGGGAGGAAGAAAGGGCAUCGGAGAUGGAGGGAGGAAGAAAGGACAAUAUGAUACUCAUCCAUCACCUCGCCAUGGAUGUCGAGUCGUCAACAGUGCCGCCGCCGCUGCGCAUCGUGAUCUGCCCGUGGCUCGCGUUCGGCCACAUGCUCCCGUACCUGGAGCUCGCCGAGCGCCUGGCGUCGCGUGGCCACCGCGUGUCCUACGUCUCCACGCCCAGGAACCUCGCGCGCCUGCCGCCGCGGCGCCACGCCGUGGACCUCGUGGCGCUCCAGCUCCCACGGGUGGAGGGCCUCCCCGAGGGCGCCGAGUCCACCAACGACGUCCCCCGCGACAGGCUCGUGCCGCUCAGGUUGGCCUUCGACGGCCUCGCCGCGCCGUUCACGGAGUUCCUGAGCGCCGCGUGCGCCGGUGACGAGGUGAGCCGGCCGGACUGGAUCUUGGUCGACACGUUCCACCACUGGGCGCCCGCCGUCGCCGCGGCGCACAGGGUGCCGUGCGCGAUGCUCCAGCCCAGCGCGGCCACGAUAGCGGCGUUGGCGUGCGGGGCGCGGGACCGCGCGGAUCUCACCGCGGCCUCCAUAUUCGAGCACCUCACCACCGUGGAGGAGCCACCGGCGGGCAUGCCGCGCUACGAGUGGGAUGGGGCCGCGGCGUUGUUCACACCUGUCGGCACGUCAGGUAUGUCGAUCGCCCGGCGCUUCACCUUGACUUUGGAGGGGUGCGCGAUCACGGCCAUGCGGAGCUGCCCCGAGUGGGAGCUCCACGCCUUCUCGCAUGCCACCGCGCUCCUCGGCAAGCCACUCCUCCCACUCGGCCUCCUGCCGCCGUCGCCGGACGGAGGCCGCGGCGCCGGCAUGAACAGAGACGACGCCACCGUGCGGUGGCUGGACCCGCAGCCACCCAAGUCGGUCGUGUACGUCGCGCUGGGCAGCGAAGUGCCGCUGCGCGUGGAGCUGGUCCACGAGCUGGCUCAUGGGCUUGAGCUCGCCGGAACGCGAUUCCUCUGGGCGCUGAGGAAGCCCAGGGGCGUUCCUGACGCUGAUGUCCUCCCUCCGGGCUUCCAGGAGCGUACGCACGGCCUUGGCAUGGUGACCACGAGCUGGGUGCCGCAGAAUACCAUACUGGCGCAUGGCGCCGUGGGCGCGUUCUUGACGCACUGUGGACGGAACUCGCUCACCGAAGGCCUUCUGUAUGGGCACCCUCUGAUCAUGCUACCGAUCAUCGGCGACCAAGGUCCAAAUGCGCGUCUCAUGGCAGCGAGGAAGGUAGGGUUGCAGGUUCCAAGGGAUGAAGACGAUGGGUCUUUCGACCGCCAAGGGAUUGCCAACACAGUGCGGGCCGUGAUGGUUGAAGAAGAUACCAGGAGGGUCUUUCUAGCAAACGCCAUGAAGUUGCAAGAAGUUGUAGCCAAUAAGGAGCUCCAGGAGAGGUACAUCGAUGAAUUUGUGCAGCAACUUAGAUCUUACACCCCCAGCUGA